ACACAUCUACAACCAAACCUGAUUCUAUUCCUCAACCAUGAAGUUCUCCUCAGUUAUUAUCAGCAUCAUCUCCCUGACGGUGGGAACGGCCAUCGCCAACCCGGCUAGGCUUGAGAACCGACAGAAAGCCCCAGGAGUUGGCGACCCAAAUGCUCAGUGCGAUGGGAAGCAUGACUGUUGCUUCAGCUCAGAAGCUGCCUGCUUUAGGCAGUACGGUACUCUUUCCGGCAAUAUUUACUGUCCGCUGCACAAGUAUUGUGCUACAGACUAUAAUAUCCCCCGCACCAAAUGUAACGCUGAUUGCUGUUCAAUCUCCAAUGGCUUGGGCCGUGGGUGCCCGGGCAAAUAGACGGAGUCGUUGCACUGUCUUUACUGGUGUUGGAUCUCACAUUACACUACUAUUCAGGAUAGCGGAUGCAUUUCGGGUGCCC